GAAAUUGAGCGCUGGAUGAAUUGGUUAGUUAAUGUGCUAUUUUUCGGCUAUGGGAUAUACCAGGUGUCUAGCUCUAUAGGAGAUGCCUCAUGGGCUUAUCGUUCUUGUACCGAAGAAUGUCGAAAAUCGUUUUCUUGUCCAGAACGUUUUGACAGCUGCGGUUGGUCAAAUGGACCAUGUUUUCGCUGCCGCUAUGAUUGUAUGUGGAACACUGUUGAUAUUUUCAAAAGGGAUGAUGGAUUUGUCCCACAGUUUCAUGGGAAAUGGCCCUUUCUCGCUUUGCACAUCUCUCUCUUAGGAGUAGCAGAUCUGGUCAUUCAGGAGCCAGCCUCGUUUGUUUUUUCCUUGCUGAACUUCUAUUCAUUCUAUCUCCUUUAUUCUCGCAUUAAGUUAAUGCAUAAAUUGAACAGUAAUCGCGUUUGGACUCUGUACGCCACCACUGGUCUGGUAACUUGGCUUUGUUCUGCAAUUUUUCACGCAAGAGAUUGCUGGUUGACGGAGUACAUGGACUACUUUUCGGCGUUCGCCUUCAUACUUUGCGCAUCUUACGUCUCAUUUUGCUUCACCUAUUCUUGGAUGGGCGUCUCGACGUAUCGUAUGUGGUGGAUGUAUGUUCCUUUCAGUUAUUCAGGCGAAACUAGUAUUUACCUUUCUGAGUUCAGGUCGUCAAUUUAUGGAUCGUUAUUGUUAUUAUGGUUUACCAGACACAUAUACCAUAUGAUGAAGCACUUCGACUACGGUUACAACAUGCGCUGUUGCAUAGGUGUGUCCAUGGCCACUACAGUGAUGUAUAUGCUAUAUAUUGCUAGCCGAUGGAGAACACUUCGUCAAUUGUCAUCAUCAGAUCGCAUGCUAAUAGGAAUGAUGGUCUGGGCUAACUGUUCCAUUCUUUUAGAAACCCUAGAUUUUGCUCCUAUACUCUGGAUUUUCGAUGCUCAUUCCUUGUUUCAUGCUGCCACCGUGCCGUUACCUCUUUAUCUGGGUGCCUUUCUUCAACAGCACUUAACCGAAACCGAGUACGGUUAUAGCAAGAGAGUGUAA